GACAUAACACAAUUUACAUUUAUUGAAAGACCUCCAAGUCCUUUCCCUUCGUCUCCCACUUCUCACUUCACACUGUGAGUCUGCGACUAUCUCCAAGACCAAGCUUCAUACUUUAUUUUUGCAAAUUCCGUUUCUAAACGUAAGUUUUCUUAUCUUCGUUUCUAUCAGAUUACUCCUUAAUUCUUAGUCUCGAAAUAAAAAAUUUGAAAUUUAUUCGAUGUUAUGCAAAUUGCCGCCGACAUAAAAACCCUAAUUUCAAUCUCAUUUUUCAUCUGAAUUACAUUUCUUUUGAAUUGAAUGUUUCUGGGUUGUGUUUUGGUUUUGGUAUUAACUGAUCUAUUAGACUAAUCCUUGUUCACCUAUCAGAUAAUAUUAUUGGGCUCUGAAACAAAUUUGACUCACUUUUGUGUGUGUGAGCAUUGUAUCUUCACUACAAAGCUCUAGCUUGAAAUGUUGUUGUGUAAUUUAUAAGACUCUAGUUUCUAACUUCUUAUGUCAAAAUCACCUAAGAGUCUUUGACUUGGUUCUUGUUAGAUCAUAGUUCACUUACUUUUGUCUAAUUUGGUUUGGUAGAAACUCUAUAAUUCACUAACUACCUUAGGACUUUAAAAUUGUGGAGUUUAACAGGUGUGAUCAGUAUGGAUGAGGAGGCAUCUCGGACAGCAAGAGAGUCACUAGAGCUUGUGUUUCGCAUGUCAAACAUCUUGGACACGGGUUUGGACCGGCAUACUUUGUCAGUUCUCAUAGCUCUUUGUGAUCUUGGUGUUAACCCUGAAGCUCUAGCUACUGUUGUGAAAGAGCUUCGUCGCGAGUCUAUCCCCGAUUCUGUCACAACCACACCAUCUAUACACUGAUCAGGUAUGCAAUGGAUUAUACAAGUAUUGUGGUUGGUAUGUGAAUCUUGUUACUACUUUUUUUGUAUCAUUUAAACAAAAUUUGUAUGGAUGAAUUAUAACUUCUUUUAUUUGUAUGAACCGUUAUUUGAAAGCCAAAGUAGCAGAAUGCAAAAAAAAGUAUAUAAUUGUAAUUUUAUCUCUC